GGUGACUUGGCCCAGCGAAGUCACAUGAUCUGUUCAUGUAAACAUGGCGUGCAGGCGGAACGGAGCUGACCGUGUUAGAAGUUUUACAGAGGUUUUAGAUCUUUUAAAGAUGUUUCUGCUUUUAUUUUGUUUGUUUUCGGCCGUUCGAGCAGAAAUACGAACGGCUGUGAUCGACAAGCAAACCGGACAGCUGUCUGUCAUAGAGGGAUAUCAGGAGGAUUUUGUGGCUUGGGCGAACUUCACUAAUGAUAUAGAAACGUCAGGGUGGUCUUUCUUGGAGGUGACUACCAGCAGUCGGUACAACGACAGCAUCCAAGCUUACGCUGCAGGUGCAGUUGAGGCUGCAGUAACAUCUCAGCUGAUCUAUAAACACUGGAUGAACACUCUAAUGGGUUACUGCGAACCCUUGAUGUAUGAAUCUGCCUACUGCGAGCGCCUUAAGUCUUUCAUCAUAACCAACAUGCAGUGGAUUCAGGACCAAAUAGAGAAUAAUCCAAACUCACCCUACUGGUACCAGGUGCGUCUGACAUUGCUGCAGCUCAAAGGUUUGGAGGACAGCUACAAUGAUCAGCUGUCUUUGCCAAUAGGGUCAUUCUCCCUCAACCCAUUUGGCUUCCUACUUUUCCAAAUGGGCGGAGACCUUGAGGACCUGGAAUCAGCUCUGAAUAAAUCCAGUCAAACCCGACCCAUUGGCUCUGGCUCCUGCUCUGCACUGAUUAAGCUUCUGCCUAACAAUAAGGAACUGCUGGUGUCACAUGACACCUGGAACACCUACCAGGCCAUGCUGCGCAUCAUGAAGAAAUACAUUUUUGCCUUUAAAGUUUCUCCUCUAGACAACUAUGUUCUUCCUGGAAGAACUCAGGCGUUCUCAUCCUACCCUGGAUCCAUCUUCUCUGGGGAUGAUUUUUAUAUCCUAAGCAGCGGCUUGGUUACUUUGGAAACCACCAUUGGCAACAGCAACCCUGCUCUCUGGAAAUAUGUUCAGCCCACAGGAACAGUCAUGGAGUGGCUGAGGAACAUUGUUGCAAAUCGACUCGCUGCUACUGGCAAGGACUGGGCAGACAUUUUCACGAAGUACAACAGUGGAACUUACAACAACCAGUGGAUGAUUGUCAACUACAACCUCUUCACUCCAGGGAAGACUGACAUCACAGAAGGGCUCUUUGUCGUGUUGGAGCAGAUUCCAGGACUCGUCAUUUACGCUGAUAAAACUCAGGAACUGCUGAAGAAAGGAUACUGGGCUAGUUACAACAUACCGUACUAUGUAGAGAUAUUUAAUACGAGUGGCUGCAAUGAGUUGGUUGAGAAGUUUGGCCCGUGGUUCUCCCUGGACCAGAAUCCUCGGGCUCAGAUUUUCCGAAGAAACCAGACGGAUGUUACAGAUGUGGACUCGAUGGUCCGCCUCAUGAGGUAUAAUAACUUUAAGGAAGAUCCACUCUCAAAGUGUGACGGCUGUGAUCCACCUGAGAACGGAGAGAACGCGAUCUCAGCGCGGUCAGACCUGAACCCAGCUAAUGGAACAUAUCCAUUUGGCGCCUUAAAGCAGAGACCACAUGGAGGAACAGACAUGAAGCUGACCUCCUACGAGAUGUUCCGAGAGUACGGCAUGGUGGCAGUGAGCGGUCCAACCUGGGACCAAGUGCCACCCUUCCAGUGGAGCACUUCCCCCUACAAAGACCUGCUACACAUGGGUCAGCCUGAUGUAUGGCAUUUCAAGCCUAUAAAAGUCACCUGGACUCCUUAACUGGCAUCAGUAGUUCCAGCUCUAUGAUGGUUGACAAAGGGAAAUGACAGAAAAACAGUCAUCACUGCUUCUCAAAGAAAUCUUUAAGUGAUACAGAGAUUAAUAAUAUACCUCUAUUUGAAUAAGAAGACACAAAAUUUUAUUUUAUUUUUUUUUGCAUUUCUCUUUCUCAUGCAAAAUAUGUGAAAAUCAGUAUAGUAAACCCAAUAAAUAUGCACCUUUCUGUGGAGAAAUCACCAAGUAUUAUUACUUACAUUUAUGCUGAUGAACAUUUUCUGUAACAGUUGUUGCAAAUGUUUUAAUCCUGAGAUAAAUCAUUUUUGAGUUAUUCAGUA